CCUCACACAACCAAACAAACCCACUUCCCCCACAUUACACCACUACACGACACCGUUCUUCUCCACACACACACACACACUCUCUCUCUCUCUCAUCCAUCAUCGGAUCUGAGUUCCCCAACGUUAAACCCACCCCUUCUUCCAACAUUGUCCGAUCUCUCCGUUUCCCCACGCAAUCAUCUACUCCCCAAUCACGCUCUCUCUCUCUCUCCACACGCAGACGUGUAUACUGCACCGCAAACCUAGAGAGAGAGAGAGGGGGAGAGGGAGAGGGAUUUGUGAUUCGGGUUCUGGGGCGUGGACCGGCGCCCGUACGAUGACGGAUCGGGCAAUGUGAACCGGACUCGAUGGGCGGCUGUAUACGAUGAGCAAAGCCGGGGAAGAAGAGGAAGACGACGAGGAACGGUUCCACGACUCGCUCGACCGCCUGCUCUCUUCUUCCAACACCUCCUGCUCAUGCUCCCCAUCUGCAUCCGAGGACGACUACGAUCCCGACCCCAAUUCUACCUCCGAUUACAAUGACCCCGUCCCCAAGUUCCCCAGGGGGGUCUCUCGGAACUACGACGUUUGGAUCUCCCAACCGGCGUCGGUGGAAGAGCGCCGCAUCCGCCUCCUCAGCCAGAUGGGCCUCAAUCGAGACCCGGCCCUCCUCCGCCACCGCCCCUCGCUUUCCUUCUCCUCCGAUCGUUUGAACCCCAUUGUUGAGGCGUCUUGCCGUGGCAAUGACGCCGAUGACAAAAUCGUCGAGGGUGGUAGCUAUUGCGUCGUUGAUGGUGAUGAUCGUGAUGCUAGGGCGUCUGCGAUGGUUCGAUCGAAGUCGGCCGGGGAGUGUAAUUCGCGCCAAGGGGAAGUUUGUCCGAGCAAUUUGGUGACAGGUGAGAGUGUUUUAGAUGUAAAUAAUGAUAAUGAGGGGAGUAUUGAGACGCAUUGUCAUAUGGAGAGAUCGGCGAGCAGCAAUCGAUCGUCGGUGAGCAGUACGGUUUCUCCCAAUAAACCCCCAAAAGUGAAAAUUAGAACUGAUUGUAACUGUAAUGGGAGCUCUGGAAUUUCGUUGCCCAUUCCGAAGAGUGAGGAGCUGAAUGGGGGUUUGGAGAGUAAUGGGUUGGAUGAUGGGAAUGCCAUAUGUAUGAUUAAAAAUCUUGACAAUGGAAAGGAGUUUGUGGUGAAGGAGGUGAAGGAAGAUGGGACUUGGAAGAAGAUCAAGGAAUUGGGAACAGGGCGCCAGUUGACCAUGGAGGAGUUCUCAUCCGAAAUGUGUGUUGGGACUUCGCCAAUUGUACAAGAACUGAUGAGGAGACAAAAUGUUGAGGAUGGGAACAAGGAAGGGUUGGAUCUACAUUCUGAUGGGAGCUUCGGCUCUGCAUCUAAGUCGAAGAAGAGGGGGAGUUGGCUGAAAAGUAUAAAGAAUGUGGCGAGUUCUGUUACUGGACAUAAGGAUCGACGUAGUAGUGAUGAAAGGGAUACGUCGUCUGAGAAGGGUGGGAGGAGAUCAAGCUCUGCCACAGAUGAUAGCCAGGAUGUAUCCUUUCACGGGCCAGAAAAAGUUCGAGUUAGGCAGUAUGGGAAGUCUGUUAAAGAGCUUACGGCUAUGUACAAGAGCCAGGAGAUACAGGCUCAUAGUGGUUCAAUUUGGGCUAUUAAGUUUAGCUUGGAUGGGAAAUAUCUGGCUAGCGCUGGUGAGGAUUGUGUGAUUCAUGUGUGGCAAGUUGUGGAAACAGAAAGGAAGGGUGAUUUCCUCUUUGACAAAUCGGAAGAUGGGAAUUUCAAUCUUCUGCUUCUAGCCAAUGGAUCUCCAGAGCCCUCAUCUGUAUCGCCGAAUUUAGAAGGUCAUUUCGAGAAGAAGAGAAGAGGGAGGUCGUCUGUAAGUAGGAAAUCCAUGAGUCUUGAGCAGAUUUUGGUGCCUGAGACAGUGUUUUCCCUCUUGGAGAAACCUAUAUGUUCAUUUCAAGGACAUUUAGAUGACGUACUGGACCUAUCAUGGUCCAAAUCUCAGCAACUUCUUUCAUCUUCAAUGGAUAAAACGGUGCGGCUAUGGGAUUUAUCUAGCAAAUCUUGUUUAAAGAUCUUCUCACACAGUGACUAUGUAACGUGUAUCCAGUUUAAUCCAGUGGAUGAUAGAUAUUUCAUCAGUGGAUCCUUAGAUGCUAAGGUGCGAAUCUGGAGCAUUCCUGAUCGCCAAGUUGUUGAUUGGAAUGAUUUGCAUGAAAUGGUCACUGCAGCUUGUUACACACCUGAUGGACAGGGGGCACUAGUUGGUUCAUACAAGGGUAGCUGCCGCUUAUACAACACAUCAGAAAAUAAAUUGCUGCAGAAAAGCCAGAUCAAUCUGCAGAAUAAGAAGAAGAAGUCUCAUCAGAAGAAAAUAACUGGUUUCCAGUUUGCACCUGGAAGUACAUCAGAGGUCAUUGUCACAUCGGCUGAUUCCCGAGUUCGAGUCAUAGAUGGUAUCGAUCUAGUUCACAAGUUCAAAGGGUUCCAUAAUGCAAACAGCCAAAUUUCAGCAUCUCUUACUUCUAAUGGAAAAUAUGUGGUCUCCGCCAGUGAAGAUUCAUAUGUUUAUGUGUGGAGACAUGAGGGUGAAUCCCGACCUAACAGAAGUAAAGGUGUUAAGGUUACUCGGGCUUAUGAGCUUUUUCACUGUCAAGAUGUAUCUGCCGCAAUCCCUUGGCCUGGCCUGUCCAUGUCCGACACAUGGAGCCCCCAAGAAACUUGUGGAGGAGUGCCAAAUGGCACGAAUGAUCGUUUCGAGGUCUUAAAUGAGUAUCAUCCUACUACGCCAGUUGGAGAAACCAAUGGCAGUGAAGGGUCGCCCUUACCAUCGGGGUGCAGCAACAGCCCUCUCAACGGACCUCUAUCCAGUGGAGCAAACAGCUACCUAUUCGAUAGAAUCUCAGUGACGUGGCCCGAGGAGAAACUCGUGUCAGCUACUAAGAACCGUAGCCCUCGUGUGAGUGUGGACUUCUUGAAUGGGUUUCACCAGAACAGGUCGGCUUGGGGUAUGGUGAUAGUAACUGCAGGCCUCAGAGGAGAAAUCAAGACUUUCCAGAAUUUUGGAUUGCCGGUUCGAAUUUAGGCGCGAAAAUGGAGUUUGAAAAUCUGUGAUUAAAGUGGUGCUGCCAAGUUUGCAACAAUUUGUACAGAUAUUCGGAGAGGAUGUAAUAUUAGCGAGUCUUCUUUUUCUUUUUCUUUUUCUUUUUAAUAUGGGAGGGGAGCCAAAGGGGAAGUCUUGGUGUUGGGAGUAAAGAAGAAAGAUGGUUACAGCAUUCAGUUUAGAAACCGAUUUAUUUACACCAUAAUCGGUAAGUGUAGAUUUAAGGAUAUUGUUAUAUCAAUCAAAAUUCCUUACCAAUUCUUUA